UUUAAUUUCAUUUUUAAUUCACAACGCUUCCCGGCGUGUCUUGUUUAAAGAACUGAUUAUUCUAACGUUCUUGGACUCGGCAACAGCUGACUAUGAUUGAAAUGAGACCCAAACACAUGACUAGGCGUUCAAGACAUGACACCGUAAUCAAGAUCGAAGUGAAAGCUGAUUUGUAUUAGUCCCGAUCAUGCUCGGCCGAUGUAUCAAAUCUUUCGUUUUACAGGGUGUUGCGUAGCAACCGCGCAUAAAUCGGACUAUAUUCAUUAGAUAAAACGCAUGAAACAGAUAAACAGCAAUUAUGUGCAGCGAAAGUCGUUGAAAAAUAUCAACACGUGUGAAGCAUUGUGUAAUGAAUCAAUGCGGUUCACCGUCAGAAGGAAAGCUAGAAAACAUUCAAUUUGGAAUAAACGCCGCUAGUCAUUAUAUCGUCAGUCAGUCACAGUACAAUCUAUUUACAUUAACGUUAGGAGGCAACCACUCAAUAUCGUUCACCGCGCUACUAGACUUAUGUAUGCAAAUAUCGGCAUUCUGAGCCAUUCUGAGCGUUUGUUGUGCGGGACGACAUCUAACACAGUCUUGUAUUUAUCGUCUUAAAAUUGUGGGUGCGUUAGAACAUUCGAAAGGACGAAAUUAUAAGUUGUGGUUACCGUUAUCCUUAAAAAUACUAGACAUCGUAAUUCUUUUUUUUAUCACAACUUAAAUAAUUUCUUUUGCUUUUCCCUUCGCGACGUCGGCAAGAUGGGGAAGAAACAAAGUAAAAUGGAUCCUCAUCAAUUAAUACAUCUCCUAAAUCGUACGAAAUUUGAAGAAAAAGAACUGGAAAAAUGGUAUCAAAAAUUUAUUAAAGAAUAUCCGGACGGAUUUAUUUCCAAGCCGCAGUUUGAAAACAUGUAUCAAAGUUUCUUCCCGAAAGGAGAUGCGAGGGAGUUUGCUGAUCAUAUAUUUCGUACCUUCGAUGGUAAUUCGGAUGGCAAAAUCGAUUUUAGAGAAUUCAUGGUUUCACUCUCAGUGACAACUCGCGGUUCUGCAGAUCAGAAAUUGGAAUGGGCAUUCAAAGUCUAUGACGUUGAUGGCAAUGGAUUUAUCACAAGGAAAGAAAUGCAAUUGAUCGUUCAUUCCGUGGAAAAGGUACUAAACCAGAACAGUCGGGCUUAUGAUAUGUCCGAUAAAAGAACAGAAAGAAUUUUUAAGAAUUUCGACAAAAAUCAAGAUGGUGUACUCUCUUUGAAUGAAUUUUCUGAGGCAGCCAAACUUGACCCGACACUUUCACUUAUGCUCAAUGAAGCCAAAGCUGGACCUGGUGCGGCCGCAGCGGGAAAGAUGUAUUAACCUCGCAGUUGAUUUUGAAAGUCAAAUCUUAUUCACUGACGCUUUGAAUUAUCAGUCAGUCUUUAAAAAGAGAGAUUGUUUUUCGCUAUCGCUGUAUUCUUAGCUAAAUCGCAACGAAUCACUAGGAUAAUGGAAUGGGCAAUAUAUUUGAUUUCCGCGGUGCUGUGGCUGUGCCUAUAAAUUACGGCCCCGGCUCUCUCCGAGAAAGGUAGACAAACAACUCUUGACUGACGUAUUGAAAUAAUUAUUUAGAGACUUAUAUAACGUAAAACUGAAAGUACGUAAUCUACAUAAUCUUAAAACGUCACCAUACGUGCAUGUUAGCCUAUAUCAUAUGGUCCUCUACGUGCAUGUUAGCCUAUAUCAUAUGGUCCUCUGUGAAAACGGAGAUUAAGACUAAUGACUAAUGACUUCAGCUUCGACGGCACGACGGAAUCAAAAAAAUUAAAAUAUCAAGUAAUAUUUAUAGUAAACGUCUUUGUCCUUGAAAGCGAUAUCUUCGUCUUACUCUGUAUACAACUAAAAAUGAUAAUAUUAAUUAUUAAUGAGGACAAUUUGUUUCUGUUCCAAAGUUUAUAGCCGCGGAUGCGUUGUCGUUCUAAAUCUGAAGUCAAAGCCAAAGCUUAUUACUUUUGACUACAAAUUGAAAUAAAAAGAAGUCAGUGGUA